AUGAAUAAAUUAACUAAUAAUUAUAUUUCAGGAUUAAUUCAAGCGAAUGGAUCUAUAGGUAUUAAUUUACAUAAAACUAAAAAUUCAUUACGUUUAAUUCCUUACUUUAAUAUUACUCAAAAUAUUAAAAAUAAAGAUUUAAUCCUAAAGAUUAAACAUUACUUCAAUGAUAUUGGAUUUAUUAUAAUAAAUAAAUCCGAUAAUACUAUAAGAUAUCAAGUUAAUCAAUUAAAUGAUUUACAUCAUAUUAUAAUACCCUUUUUAUUAAGGAAUGACCUAAGAAGUAAUAAGCAUAUUAAAGUUAUAAUAUUAAAAUAUAUUAUUAAUAUAAUGAUAGAUAAAUUACAUAUUAAUAAUAAUAGCAUAUUAUUAAGUUUAAUUAUAUUAGCUAAUAAAAUAACUAAUAAUCAUAACCGGUAUUUAAAUAAAGAACAACAAUAUAUCGUUAAUAAUCAAAUAUAUAAUAAAGAUAUAUUAAAUAUAAUAGAAGAUAUGGAAUUAUCCAUAAAAAAUUAUAAACCAUCUAAUCUAGAUUUAGAUUAUAUUAAUGGAUUAUUUGAUGGUAAGGGAUCUUUAUCAGUAUCAUUAAAUAGUAAUAAAGAUAUUACAUUAACAUAUUAUAUAAUACAGGAUAAGAACGAAAUGUUAUUACUUAAUAAUAUUAAGAGUUACUUUAAUAAUAUAGGUCAUAUUUAUAAUAUAAACAAUACAUCAUUUAGGUGAGAAACUAAAAGUAUAGUAGAAUUUAAUAAGAACAUUUUAAAUAAGAUGAUAACGGAGGAUAAUUAUCCAUUAAUAAAGGGAUAUAAAAUUAAACAUAUGAUAAAUGUAUUAAAAUACAUAUCAGAUAAUAAAGAUUAUAAGAAGAAUAAUGAUAAAAUAAGAUAUAUUAUAAGUGAAUUAUAUAAUAUAAUAGAGAAUAAGAAGGGAAUAAGACUGGAUGAAUAUAUUAAGAAAUUAAUGAAAUAA